AUGUCAGAGCAGGACGGUACACACCGCCCCCCGGCUAAACCUCCGUCCAGUCGGGAAGUCAGUCGGCGAAUACAGGCACCAGAAACGUUCACCAGUCCUCCGUCGUGGGUCAUCACGUUUGGAAGCGAGGGGCGUUACCCUGGACGCAACCACGAGCUCCGAGACCAGUGUCUUGGUAAACUCGGAGACCUCGAGAGGAGGGACUUUCGUGACAGUACGACGAACCGGACUGAAGCCGGUUUCUCACAGGCUCGACUGGCGGACGACAGCCACGUGCGGUUCAACAGUAUGGCAGCUCUGGACGGCCGUGCUUCUGGGAAAAUGGGUAUGCGGGCAGUUGUGUACUACACCACCACCACUGUUAUUGCUGUGUUCAUUGGUAUCGUCAUGGUGCUCAUUAUUCAUCCUGGACAAGGAUCAAAGGAUGAGUUCACCAACCAGCAGAAGAUUGAGCAGAUCAGCCCUGCUGACGCCUUCCUGGACUUAAUCAGAAAUAUGUUUCCCCCUAACCUUGUGGAGGCUUGCACCAAACAGUUUAAGACACAGUAUGCCAAGAGAAUAGUCCAUGUGAAAAUGACUGUGAACGACACCAUAUUCAAACUUAAUGGUAGCGAGAUGACCCGGGAGGAGAUGAUCCCGGUGCCUGCAGCGGUCAAUGGAGUCAAUGCUCUUGGCCUGGUUGUGUUCUCCAUCUGCUUUGGUCUGAUCAUCUCGAGCAUGGGGGAGCAGGGGCGGCCCCUCAAGGACUUCUUUGACUGUCUUAAUGAAGCCAUCAUGAGGCUGGUUGCCAUAAUCAUGUGGUAUGCCCCCAUCGGUAUCCUGUUCCUGAUCGCUGGUAAGAUCGUGGAGAUGGAUGACAUCUCAUCCAUGGGCGGACAGCUGGCCAUGUACACUGUGACGGUCAUGUGUGGCCUGCUCGUUCAUGCCCUAUUCGUCUUGCCAACACUUUACUUCCUCGUAACCAGGAAGAACCCAUUUGUUUUCAUUGGCGGGCUACUGCAGGCGCUCAUCACCGCUCUGGGAACAUCCUCAAGCUCUGCCACAUUGCCCAUUACUUUUAAAUGCCUGGAGGAAAAUAACAAGGUGGACAAGCGUGUGACCCGUUUCGUGCUCCCUGUUGGCGCCACCAUAAACAUGGAUGGAACAGCUCUGUAUGAAGCCCUGGCUGCCAUCUUUAUUGCUCAGGUCAACAAUUAUAACCUUGACUUUGGACAGAUUCUCACCAUCAGGUAAGUUAUAUACAGAGCACCUGCAUCACAAUCUACCGUAUGCUAUUUAAACAUAAAUGAAUACUGUAAUUCAUUCAAUA